CAACUUUCCAAAGCGGAAUAUCUCUUUUGUUGCUUUUCCGGUUUCUCCACGCAGCAUGGCGAAUUUGCAGCAUGCUGAAGACAACCCAAAACAUGUGAAAAUGCCCAGUGAUGUAGUUGUUACCUCCACCCCGGACGCUGUCUCCUCUGCCCCGGUUAUCGGCACGGGAGUCGAGUCCUCGGUGCCUUCGUUCGCCGCGGCCAUAGAGCUGCUGUCAGCCCCGUACUCGUGUUUAGUCAUGAACACGCACCGCAGGCACAUAGCUCUCCCCCCUCUGUACCUCAACAAGAAGAAGACUGGAAUCAGGGAGGAAUUAGACGCCGAGCUGCUCAAGUUUUCUCAGAGUAUGACCGGAGUGCCCUUAGCAUAUGACAACAUAAGAAUAGUGGGUCAGCAGGGGGACAUCUUUGACGACAGCGGCUACAUCCACCUGAACAUAGAGGCCAACUUCAUUUUGUUUCAGCCCAAGAAAGGACAAACAUUGUUGGGCAAGGUAAACAAGCUGGGUGCAAGUCAUGUGGGUUGCCUGGUUCAUGGCUGUUUCAAUGCCAGCAUCCCCAAACCAAACCUGGUCUCUAUGGAAACUUGGAGGGAUGCUGGACCCCAGAUCGGCUCAGAGCUGGAAUUUGAUGUAACAGCUCUGGAUGCAGACACGGCAGGAGUGCUGCUCAUUAGAGGACGAAUGAAGAGAACAAGGGUACAGGAGCUGCUGGCUAUAGGUGAAAGCAUGGCGUCUGUUGUACAGUUCAAUGUACAGCAGCCAGAUGAACCCGAUUCAGCCACUGCAGAUCAGACCACAGAACCUAUGGAACUGCCCCCUGAAGAGACCCCAAAAAAGAAGAAAAAGAAAAAGGCUGAAAUUAAACAAGAAACUCUUACCCCAGAGAAGGACACAAUGCUGGAUUCAUCACUGGAGCUGAAUGGGACAAUAAAUGAGACCGAAGACGAGAGCAGUGGUAAUACAGAGAAAAAGAAGAAGAAGAAAAAGAAAAAAUGCAAAGAAGAAAAACGAGAGGAGCCAGUGACCAACCCCUUUUUCCCUGAUACUGUAAUGGACACAACAGCUGAAUUAAUUGGAACAAUGGACGAAACUAAUGGUAAUGCGGAGAAAAAGAAGAAGAUAAAGAAAGACAAACAUGUUAAGGAAGAACCUCAGGAAGUGGACAUUUCCUCUAUGGUGGUCCUCGGCAGUGACUCCAGUGGUUACUAUAGUGACAAACCCAUCAAGAAGAGGAAACACCAAACUCAAACUGAAAGCCCACCUCAUUUUAGUCAAGAGUUUGAAAUGCCAAGUAAGAAAAUCAAGACUUUAAAUGAGCUGAAAAGAGAAAUUGAGUAACAUUUUACAGAUGUUAAAGACUAUGAUAUUGAAAAAUGGCUAUAAGAAAAAAAAAACUUUUUAUCAAGGAAAGGCAACACAAGGUGGAGCCAUUGGACAUAUUCCUUGUCCUGAAUGAAUUAUGUGACUCUGUCUAAAGGGGGAGCUGAAUCCUCAAGUUUCCUGCUAUUUUUUGGUAAAGUCAGAACAAUGCUCAAAAUGCAGUGUCUGUCUGAUAAAUGUAUUUUGUUAGAUAAUACAAAAUGGAUGUUUUGUAUCUUGACAAAUUACAUGGACUAAAUGAAAUGGCCUAUGACCUACUAAACCUAAUAAAGCACUAUAUUUUGACAUGA